GGAUGCCCACAGGAUGGAAAGGGCCCAGGGUGGGGCUCACCCUGGAACCUGCUGCUUCAUCAGCUUCCUCCAGCGUUCUGCACACCCUCACAGCUGCCGGCUUCAGUCUUCACAGAAACAGCAUCAAGUGUGCAGAGACAGGCGGCCGGAAGCCGGCAGUCCACGUUGUCCGCCAGAGACGAUUACAGCCUGGGCAGGAUCUCCUCACAGGAUGGACUCACUGCAGAAGCAGGACCUUCGGAGGCCAAAGAUUCAUGGGGCGGUCCAGGUGUCCCCCUACCAGCCACCCACGCUGGCCUCGCUGCAGCGAUUGCUGUGGGUCCGUCGGACCGCCACACUGACCCACAUCAAUGAAGUCUGGCCCAACCUUUUCUUGGGAGAUGCGUAUGCUGCCCGAGACAAGAAUCGUCUUAUCCAACUGGGCAUCACCCAUGUUGUGAAUGUCGCUGCAGGCAAGUUUCAGGUGGACACCGGUGCCAAGUUUUAUCGCGGAACACCUCUGGAGUACUAUGGCAUUGAAGCUGAUGAUAAUCCCUUCUUUGACCUCAGUGUCUACUUUCUGCCUGUUGCUCGAUACAUCAGAGAUGCCCUCCACACUCCCCGAAACCGCGUGCUGGUCCACUGCGCCAUGGGGGUAAGCCGCUCAGCCACGGUUGUCCUGGCCUUCCUCAUGAUCUGCGAGAACAUGACGCUGGUCGAUGCCAUCCAGACGGUGCAGGCCCACCGAGAUAUCUGCCCCAACUCGGGCUUUCUCCGACAACUCCAGGUUCUGGACAACAGGCUGAGGCGGGAAACGGGGCGGCUCUGACUCAGGGGGCGCCUGAAGCCCUGACCCCUCCAUCCAGCGUGGUCCAACCUGACAUGCCUGGCCCUGGGGAUGACAGUCUCUGCUGUUUCCAGAGACCCUGACAUGUUACCAUCAAGUCAGGACUCCACUGAGGCAGAGGCAGGGCUGGCUGGGUGGCACUUUCACCAGGUGGAGUCCCUGACCCAAUACAGAAAUUCUUUAUGCAAAGAAAAUUCAGUGUGUCUCUGUAAUAAAAGGUUCAUCAUAAUAAA